AUCAGGACAAGUGACUCUGGAUUUUCCAUUUACCAGAGUGAUAAGGAUUCCAUUUUUGAAGAAAUCUAAGAAAAAUAAAAAGUGGAUCACUUUUAAGAAAAGCAGGCCGGGCAUGGUGGCUCAUGCCUGCAAUCUCAGCACUUUGGGAGGGCAAGGCAGGCAGAUCACGAGGUCAGUUGAUAGCGACCAUCCUGGCCAACAUGGUGAAACCCCGUCUGUAAUAAAUAUACAAAAAUUAGCUGGGUGUGGUGGCGCAUGCCUGUAAUCCCAGCUACUUAGGAGGUGGAGGCAGGAGAAUCACUUGAACCAGGGAGUUGGAAGUUGCAGUGAGCCGAGAUUGCGCUACUGCACUCCAGCCUGAUGGUAGAGCAAGACUUCGUGUCAAAAAAAAAAAAAAAAAAAAAAAACAAUUAACAGUCCAGAUCCCCAGAGCACUGAUUGGGUGUCUCAGGCCUGUUCCAGGCAGUGUUCAUGCUCCAAUUAUUCUCGCAGGAUCCCUGUCCUCAGCAAAGUAAGGAAAAUUUAGCCACUCCUGUGAGUCCCUCAUCCAGUUUAACUUACUCAGCACAGAUGAAACACCUUCAUUUUAUGAAGCUAUCACUGCAUUUUUUUGUGUAGAAAAAUUUCUUCUUUUGUGAGCUUUUUUUUUUUUUGAGAUGGAGUUUCACUCUUGUCGCCCAGUCUGGAGUACAAUGGUGCAAGAUCAUAGCUCACUGUGAUCCUCACACCUCACCCUCUCCAGUAGCUGGGACUACAGAUGUGAGCCACUGUGCUGCUAUAUGAAGUUUCUGGUGUCCUGUUCCCAGACCUGAGCUGAUCUACCACCUAGAGCAUGGGCAGGAGCCAUGGACCAGGAAAGAAGACCUCUCCCAAGGCACCUGUCCAGGUGACAAAGGAAAACCCAAGAGCACAGAACCUACCACCUGUGAGCUAGCCUUGUCUGAAGGAAUCUCUUUUGGGGGACAACUAGCACAAGGAGCUUCAGGGGACUCCCAGUUGGGGCAAUCCAAGGAUCAGGAUGGGUUUUCAGAAAUGCAGGGAGAACGCUUGAGACCAGGGUUAGAUUCCCAAAAGGAGAAGCUUCUUGGAAAAAUGAGCCCCAGACUUGAUGGUUUAGGGACAGCUGAUAGUGUGUGUUCAAGGAUUAUACAGGAUCAAGUCUCCUUAGGAGAUGAUGUGCAUGACUGUGACUCACAUGGAUCAGGUAAAAAUCCAAUUAUUCAGGAAGAGGAAAAUAUCUUUAAAUGCAAUGAGUGUGAAAAAGUGUUUAACAAGAAACGCCUGCUUGCUCGGCAUGAGAGGAUUCACUCUGGAGUGAAGCCCUAUGAAUGCACAGAGUGUGGAAAAACCUUUAGCAAGAGUACAUACCUCCUGCAGCACCACAUGGUCCACACUGGGGAGAAGCCCUAUACGUGCAUGGAGUGUGGGAAGGCUUUUAAUCGCAAGUCACACCUUACACAGCACCAGCGGAUUCACAGUGGAGAGAAACCUUAUAAGUGCAGUGAAUGUGGAAAGGCCUUCACCCACCGCUCCACUUUUGUCUUGCAUAACAGGAGCCACACUGGAGAAAAACCCUUUGUGUGCAAAGAGUGUGGCAAAGCCUUUCGAGAUAGGCCAGGUUUCAUUCGACACUACAUUAUCCACAGUGGUGAGAAUCCCUACGAGUGCUUCGAAUGUGGCAAGGUCUUCAAACACAGGUCAUACCUCAUGUGGCACCAGCAAACUCAUACAGGGGAGAAGCCCUAUGAGUGCAGUGAAUGUGGGAAGGCCUUCUGUGAGAGCGCAGCGCUGAUUCACCACUAUGUCAUCCACACUGGGGAGAAGCCCUUUGAGUGCCUCGAGUGUGGGAAGGCUUUCAACCACCGAUCCUACCUCAAGAGGCACCAGCGGAUUCACACUGGGGAGAAGCCUUAUGUGUGCAGUGAAUGUGGAAAGGCCUUCACCCACUGCUCUACUUUCAUCUUGCAUAAAAGGGCCCACACUGGAGAAAAACCUUUCGAGUGCAAAGAGUGUGGGAAAGCCUUUAGCAAUAGGGCAGACCUCAUUCGACACUUCAGCAUCCACACUGGAGAGAAGCCCUAUGAGUGCAUGGAGUGUGGAAAGGCCUUCAACCGCAGGUCAGGCCUCACAAGGCACCAGCGGAUUCAUAGUGGAGAGAAGCCCUAUGAAUGCAUCGAGUGUGGGAAAACAUUUUGCUGGAGCACAAACCUCAUUCGACACUCUAUCAUCCACACUGGAGAGAAGCCGUAUGAGUGCAGUGAAUGUGGAAAGGCCUUCAGUCGCAGCUCUUCCCUCACUCAGCAUCAAAGGAUGCAUACUGGGAGAAAUCCCAUCAGUGUAACAGAUGUGGGAAGACCUUUUACAAGUGGGCAGACCUCAGUCAACAUCCAAGAACUUUUAUUGGGGAAAAACUUUUUGAAUGUCACCACUGAGGAAAAUCUUUUGCAAGAGGAAGCAUCUUACAUGGCAUCUGAUCGUGCAUACCAAAGAGAAACCCCACAAGUGUCUUCACUGUGAGAAAACCUUCUGUUGCUGAAUGUCAUUUGUCACCUAAGGAGUCAUAUUAGAAAAUCACACAGCUUAGAGCCUUAUUCUCCAUCUGAAUUCAUCCUGGAAAAACACCCAGUGGUUACUGUGCACUUAGGAAAACCUUUAGCUCCAUCUUUCUCAUUAGUUUACAGUGCAGUGUUAUCUCAGGAAUUUUUAUAAACAGAAAGAGGUGACAUAGAAAAGAAAAUGAAAUGCAGACACUUCUUUUAUACCGUUGUCUUGUAUGUACAUUUCUGUCCUGUGUCAGGAAAGUUAGUAAGGGAAGGUAUGGAAACUUACUGAAUGUCUUUCUUCUACAACAUUGUCUCUUUUUAAGAAGCAUUGUUUUUAUGAGAAAUAUGAAGGCUUUGAGUUAUGAAAUACUUUUAUAUUUAAGGAUUAAAGGAAACAUGAACGCACAUUUUAUUGUACCACUUAA